AUAGCGCUGUGUAUCAUAAGUUAGAAAAUAGGUUAGAAUUUUCUUCAAAUUUCUUCUUGCAGUUUAUGACAAAGUGACCAUUAUUGUUAUAAGAAAUUGUAGUAACUACCUUAUAGAAUGUUUAAUAACAUGACAAAAUGCUUGAUAGCCUCAGUUAAGAUUCACAAGAAAUUAACCCGAUUAAUCCACGUGGAUGUUUUGUCGCCUGGACUUUAUUUCUCGAAUGUGAAUGCUCGAUGUUUAAAUAAUGCAGUCUACAAACGAUUUUACUGCCAUGGUGUGAUCGAUGAGAAAAAUGUAACGAGUUUCGAACUGAAAUAUCAUAGGCAAAAGUUGAGUAAGCAGAAACUGGAUGAAUUUCUGUCCGAUCCCGAGAAGUACAAGCAUUUUCAAAUAUUAGAAUUAGAAGUAGACGUUUUGCGACACAAUGCUGAAAGAGUACCUAAGAAUAUUGAACCAGAAGAAUGGUUGUGGCUACUGAAUACAAGGGUCAAAGCAAAAAGAAAAAAAUACCUUGAGUUCUUGUGGCGUAAUGAGAAAAAAUCAGAACAUGACAAGGAGAAAAAAGAGUUGAGGAAGGCUGAAUGGCUCGCUAAAAAGCAAGAAUUGACCGAGGACACUGGUGAAAUAAAAUAUGGCCUCUUGAAUAAUUCGUUAUUUUUGCGUAUAUAUGACACAACUAUAAACCAUUAUUACAAUGGCAGAUUGAUUUAUAAUAUGAUGUUUGAACCAAAGCUAGUGUUUGAUUGUGGUUAUGAGAACCAUAUGACUAGACGUGAGAUACACAAUUGCAGCAAGCAGUUAUCUUUGUCAUUUGCUCAUAAUCGCGUCCAUGCCAAUCCUCUGACUCUUUAUUUCUGUAAUUUUAACAAAGAUGGAUUACUCAAGCAGCAUAUUCAUCAAAACAUACCUACUUUGAUGCAAGAUGAUUUUCCUAUCGUAAUAACAUCGCAAUCUUACUUAGAUAUAUUUCCAAAAAAUCAAUUAGUGUAUCUCACUCCACACUGUAGAACAAAUUUAACUAAAUAUGAUCCAAAUAUGAUUUAUAUCAUAGGUGCAUUGGUAGACAAGGGAGAGUCACAACCAUUAUCUAUGGCAAAAGCUAAAAAAGAAGGUAUUCAGAUGGCUAAAUUUCCUAUAGACCAUUAUCUCACUUGGGGUGCUAGCUCGUCAAAGAGUCUUACACUCAACCAGACGAUUAAGAUAAUGUUGGAUUUGAGGCACACGGGAGAUUGGAAAGAGGCAUUUAAGAAUGUGCCAGUUAGAAAAUUAAAACCUGCCAGAGAUUAUACACAAGGCAAACUGCAGAGGUCUAUAUUUUCGAAAAGAUUACAGACUCAGAACUCCAGCAUUCAAAAUUUUACAUUUCAAAACAGGAAAACAAGUUAAUAUUAAUUAAUUUUGUUAUAUAUUAAAC